CAGCAAAACCGGGACCUGAACCCUGACUUUCCUGCCUGUGAUCCACUGCUUGCCUUGAAACGCCAACUUGACCCUCCCCCACACACACCCUGAGACAUAAUGGCCCUGACCACAGCCCUGACCACAGCGGUGGGGAAACAGACUCAACUGAGCGAGGUGGCGGGGAUCCCCCUGCAGGCUGCCGCUGUGGACAACUGGAGCCAGAUCCAGAGCUUUGAGGCCCAGCCGGACGAUCUCCUCAUCUGCACCUACCCUAAGUCAGGGACAACGUGGAUUCAGGAAAUUGUGGACAUGAUUGAACAGAAUGGGGACAUGGAGAAAUGCCAGAGAGCCCUCAUCCAGCACCGCCACCCUCUCAUCGAGUGGGCUCGGCCGCCCCUGCCCUCCGGUGUAGAACAAGCCAAAGCGAUGCCCCCUCCACGGACACUAAGAACCCACCUUCCCGCUCAGCUGUUGCCGCCGUCCUUCUGGGAAAACAGCUGCAAGUUCCUCUAUGUAGCUCGAAAUGCCAAAGACUGUAUGGUUUCCUACUACCAUUUCCAAAGGAUGAAUCAAGUGCUUCCCGACCCUGGUACCUGGGAAGAGUACUUCGAAACCUUCAUCAGUGGAAAAGUGGGCUGGGGUUCCUGGUUUGACCACGUGAAAGGAUGGUGGGAGAUGAAAGACAGAUACCAGAUUCUCUUCCUCCUCUUCGAGGACAUAAAGAGGGACCCAAAGCAUGAGAUUCAGAAGGUGAUGCGGUUCAUGGGAAAGAACUUGGAUGAGGCCGUGCUAGAUAAAAUUGUCCAGGAGACGUCAUUUGAGAAAAUGAAAGAAAAUCCCAUGACGAACCGUUCUACGGUUCCCAAAUCUAUCCUGGACCAGUCCAUUUCCCCUUUCAUGAGAAAAGGAACAGUGGGGGAUUGGAAAAACCACUUCACUGUGGCUCAGAAUGAGAGGUUUGAUGAAAUCUACAGGAAAAAAAUGGAAGGAAUCUCCAUAAACUUCUGCAUGGAACUCUGAGCAGGAUGUAAAUAAAAAGGUGGACAGCAAGAACGCAGACACUAUCUUCAGUCUUUCAGCCCCAGCCCAAGGAAUCUCUGAAAGCACAUUGUAAAUGCAUACAAUUGUGGUACAGACUGUCUCUGUGAUUAUUAACAGUAUGUCACAACCUCAUUUUAAAAAAGGAAUUGUGUCUAAUGCCUAUUUUCUCAACUAUUCUCUCCAAAGCAGGAAAUAAGAUGGCUAAAUAAAAUAUAAAACUUGAAUACUAA